CUCAACCUCUUCUUUUCUCGUAUUCCCAUCGUCCAGACUACGGUAGACUAUGUAUGCACGUCUGGAGGUGUCUGUCUGUCUGUCUGCCAAAGCUGCUGCACACCUCUCAACACUCUUCUUCCCUCUGAAGCAUCGUCGCAUCUCUUCAGACCAUCAUUUAUCUGACACGGAUAAAGGGAUGAGUAGGCAAAUUAACAUAUCCGACCCCUGGCGAGAGGGAAAUUGCCCCAUCUCAGUCACAGCAGGCCUCGCAAGUUUGAGAUGUUGGGCCGACAGUGUUUGCCAGGUGGUGGAGGAGAGCUUAUCAAAAUGCACCUACGGGAGCGGAUUCGAGAGCUCACGCCAAUCCUCAAUCUGCAUGGGCUCCAUAUCAAAAUGGUUGCUAGUCGUGGCAACCUGCAGAUGGAGACCCAGCGCAAAAAAACGACGACGACGACGACGACUACAGUACGACGAAUCAUUAGACUCCACUCCACGAUCUCGCGAUAGUUCACGCAUGGUUUGAAUCUGUUCUUGGAAAUGGCUCGAAUGAGGCAACUGAUGUCUCACUGCUCCCUUUUUAGUCUUUUUUCGCCUCUUGCGACUGGUCCCAGGACGCCGAGACUUGUGAGGUGACUUGCCAAUGAUUUUAUCCGUCAACAAUGGUGCUACCAGCUCUUCCAGGGCCACGCUUCCCAGGUCCCUCGCUCUCAAUUUGAAAUGCCAUGUCUGAGAACAAAAUUCCAUUCCCGCGAAAGUAGAAACCCACCAAAACGGCCAAAUCGAGCAAAGUUUGUACGCCACUGCCUCUCACUCAACAUGG